UUAACUAAGCAGCAGUGCCCUCCAGACGUCGUACUCACAACAAUACAGCUGAUUCUCUUGCCUUUGUGUGGUUUUCUAUCUGUUUACAUUUUACACGCGUUAAAUAUGUUGCCAAAUCUUUAGUACGGUGUGUUUUUAUAAGCGAAUACGGAGUGAUGCUGCUGCCGUCAGACAUUGCACGACUUGUUUUGGGCUAUCUCCAAGAGGAAGGAUUAUCUGAUACAAGUCGAGCUUUUAUUCACGAAAGCCCAAACCUAAAGGAGUAUGCAGAACACAGCUCCGAAGAUGGCACUAUUCCUGCUUGUGUAUUUUCUAUUUUUGGGAAAGGGUUAACGACCAUCUUAAACGAUUAUGUGGCUGUCAAAACAAAAGAGUCCAAUCACCAAGUGCCACCUAUGAUGUCAUCUUUGUGGAAAAAGCUGGAUUUUACACUCAAUCAAAUCAAGUCACUGCAAAAUUCUCCAGCGUUAUCAGCCUGUCAAAGGGUGCGUUCUCGUGUAGGACUGGCAAAUAUUGCCAGACAGAGGGCAUUAACAAGCCCUUCCACUGGAGUAGUGUGUACGACUGUUUCCGAGACCAUCUCAAUUGUCAGCCCUGCACAAACUUCUCAUUGUAUUGUUUCACAUUCAACGCCUGUAAGCUACAGCGGCCAGCACAGACUUGUGCCCAGCAUUGCUCCACAUCUGCAAAGCCAUGAAGCCAUUCGAAUUAACAUGCCUAGGGAUUCUCCUGUACAUGUAACAGAGCAUCGCCUAAAUCCAGCACCAACGUCUCCUGGGCGAAGAAAGUGGAAGAGAAUUGGUGCAUUAACUGGCUCAGCGGGUUCUUCAAGACCUGUUCCUGUCAGUGGGGCCACUCUAGAAGAAGAAACAGAGGAGAUUGUUGAUGAGAAUUUUCCUCAACUAGUAAUUCAAAAUGCUCGUGAGAAAAUAUUAGGGGACAGGUCUUUGCAAGAAAAACUGGCUGAAAAUAUCAACAAAAUUCUCUCUAGCGAGCCUACACCUCAGUCAUCAAAAGCUGCUACAAACAUGGUGGAACCCGAUCAGUCCAUCGAUGAAAUUCUAGGACUGCAGGGAGAGAUCCAUAUGAGCGAUGAUGCCAUUCAUGACAUUUUGGAGCAGACCGAGUCCGAUCCAGCUUUUCAAGCCCUCUUUGACCUUUUUGAAUGCAAUAAAACCAGAUCAGCAGAUGGCGAAGCAGCAGAUGCAGACAUGAGCAGUAGCCCAGAAGAAGGUGAUCCUCCUGAAGCCGGACCAUCAUCUGUGGCCAAGCCCAGCCAGAGUUUGGAUUCAGGUGCUGCACAAAAAGACGCUUCUGAUCCAGUGAAGGCCAAAGCUGUCAUCGAGCGUAAAACCAGAAAAUCAGCCCCAUCGUUAAAAAAGACUAUCAUUGUCCCUUCCAACAGAAGCUCCAGAAUUGAAAACAGUUCGGCCAGGUUAUUAUCAGUGAUGCAAAGUAGUCAAGAACCCCAAGGAGCUUCACCCUCAAAAAGAACAGACAAAAGCUCUUACUCGGACACUGUAACGGCUAUGGACAUCGGUGAGCCUCAAGCCACAAUAGCACCUACCCCAAUAAACAUUUCCACCACAGUUUUUGCCCCCACAUCUGCCCCAGUUGCCUCUAAUCCUAACAUUUCACUACCUCGAACUACCAUGACCUUGGUGGCGUCAGCAGCUCCUAACGUAAACAGACAUUAUGAAAGUAAAGAGGUCCAAGGAUCUACCCUAACUUCAAAUCAAAAAGACAGUUCAGCUACUCUGCAAUCUGUAUCGAGCAACUCCCAAUCAUCAGGACAAUUGUCAAGCAGCGGGAGAGAAACACAAAUAGGUCCAGCUUAUCCAGUAUCGUCUGAAAAAUCCUCCGCUUCCUCUAACACAGUCACCCACACUAUAGCCACAUCAAAUUCUGCGGCACCAACCUCUUCCACAUCACCAGUAUCUGUUUCCUCCUCUGUAACCAUGACAAAACCCCAAACUUCUGUAUCCUCGUCCUCGCUCACAGCUUCUACAACCGAACCAACCGCCUCAAGCAAAACUGGAGCAGAUCCCAACAAUAUUAUGUCACUGAAGAUCAUUAUCAGUGACAACCAGGAGGAAGAGUCUGCUGCAGACACAGCCUUGAGCCAGGCCAUAUCCAGCAUCUCCAGUGACAAAAUUCCCACUAUUUAUCUUUCCUCUCCAGCAAAGUCCCCUGCUGUCCCUGGCACACCUAAGGGCAGUCUGGACGAGGCCGCGCAGGCAGUUAGCUGUUUACAGAGGUCCGAGACAGUUAUUGCAUCUCCCCUGACUGGAACCUCACAGCCCCAGCAAAGCUACAUUAUUCAGCUGCCCUUUGAUGGUGCUACAACAACCGCUGCCAGCUACUUCCUCGUGACUGAGCCUCCUACGGCAGAUGCGCAGAACAGACAGAAGAUAGUCCCAGCUCCUGUCUCCAAAGGACAAGCCAUCGCCCCCGCCCAGUUUGGUGUAACUCCACAUACUCAAGGUUUUGGUCCUGGAUCGACCCUCAUCCUGCCAUCACCGAUGAAACCUGUGGUGCUUCCAUUGUCAGUUAUGGGUCAAAAUACUUUGGGAAAUGUACAAAUGGUUCCUAACCAGCUUGUUCCCAUACCAAAUCCACCAGUGAUGCAACAGAAAGAGACUGUGAAGCCUUUACCUGCUGGAGCUGGCAAACCAUCUUCCACUUCAAGUUCGGACAAAAAUUUGGUUCCACCCCCACCGCCAGGGCCAGGCACUCAAAGUGUAUCAGCAAGUCCCAUCCCUGGCCAUAGAAGGAUUCUUUGUUUUGAUUCAUCUGGAGAAUCUCAGACAAGUAAAAUCAGCACAUCUCCAUCUCCAUCUGCUUCAAGUGCGCAGCAUUUACCUCCGAAAUCCCCUCGGUCUAAGCCUGCUAUCCUCACCAGCAACAAACCCAAGAGGAGGAUAGAGACGGUCAGGUGCUCAGACUCCACUGUCCCACAGCAGAACCAGAAAGAACCUGCUAAAAAAGGAUCCCGGAAACAAGAACAUAAUGUAGCUAAUAAGGAGUCCAGUGGAGGUGCCAACAUCAUUGACAUAACAAAACCAACAGAAUCCAGUCGGAGAUCUUCUGAUAGGAAACAAAGUCUUGACACAGAAGAGGGUAAAAAUAGGGAAAAGGAGACUCGUACUUCCAGAUCUUUGUCCUCUGACUCAUCCCAAAAAACUGGGAGUAGGAAAGAAAAAGAAGCUACAGAUAAAGCCAAAACAAGAGAAGGUCGCUCUGAGAAACGGACGCAGGAGAUCACCAGUGUAACAGCUAACAAGGAGAACGAACUGAAGGGUAGGGCUCAAGAACAAUCAGCAACCUUGUCUCCAGCGCCUGCACAACCCACUCAGUCCAAAUCCUCCAAACCUCCCUCAAAAACGAGCGCUCUGGCGAAACAAGCGGCUGAAAUGCUCCAGGAUAUCCAAGCGCUCAACUCCCCGUCUACCCCUAAAGGCGUAGAAGUAAGCAGCCAAGAGGAGUCAGGUAGUGAUUGCCCCAAGACCCCAACACGAACAAGGAAAAGCAGAGACGGUGAGGCCACUCCCCGACACCUAAUCCCCCCCAACAGCUCGGAAAUGCCCACCUGUAGCCCCGCCAGUGAAGCAGGAAGUGAAAGCAGCAUCAACAUGGCGGCUCACACGCUGAUGAUUCUGUCUCGGGCUGCGUUGGCGAGGACCGGGACGCCGUUGAAGAAUAGUCUGCGUCAGGAAGGGGCAGCGGAACAGUCGCCCACAACCUCAAAGAUCGGCAAGAAACGCAAGCAGUCCACUCCGACGUCCAGCCCCCCAGCAAAGGAGACAAAACGCACACCCAGCAAGAAAAAAGAACGAAAGAAAUUGGUGGAAUGUUUUCCUCAAGACUUGGAUGUGGAUAAGUUCCUGUCUUCUCUUCAUUAUGAUGAGUGACACGACUUAAACAUUAAAGGACUCAUACCAUACCGCAACCUACUUGAGUUACUAACCAGGAAUAGAAAAAGCCAUCUGCCAGUGCCUGACAGACUCCGCUCCUCUAAACUGUCGUGUGAGCCAGUGGGUGAAAAUGGAGCUGUCUUUAUGGUACUUUCCACAAUUAUUUUGGCAGCAGUCGACCACCUACUUUUGAUUGGCUAUAACUUUUCUUUUUAUUAAAGUCUGUUUUUACAAAUGCAGUGGAUAGCAGCUCAAAAUGUGUACAUAUCCUUGGUCAAUAUUUGACUAGAGCUAACUGAAUCCAGUCAAUAAUUACACUCACAUUCAUGUUUAUAUUACAAAAGCUUGUGAACUGGUUGAAAUGUGAUUUUAAAAAAUAUAUUUAGUUUGAACAUAAGUGCUUUUUAAACAAAGGACUUUCUUGUUUCAAAGGACCUUCUGGUUUCAUGUAUUGUUUUCAAUACAAUAUUGUAAUAAAUCAAUGGAGCACUUUUGUGUAUUUCCUCUGCAUUAAA